CAUGUCUUCUGCAGUGCGCGCACGGCCUGUCAAUGCAGAGAGCGUAGUGAAUUCGGUGAGGUCAUGUUUUGUAGCUUGACAACAUAAUAGCGAUAAUUGUAUUAUCCUUAUAAAUAAACUGAAUUCAUCGUCAAGGACGCGGACUAUUGUGGAGAAUCGAGAAGUGAUCAUUCUGUAUUUUGUUGACGGAGGUAAGCGCUUACGGUUCCGCGCCGCUGUCCAUAGCAUUGUUUAGCUGUGGGGGAGGGUCGUUUGCGCCGCGCCGCACGCAACUACAGAUGCGGGUUGUUGUCAAUAUAUUAUAAUGGUGCAAUGUAUUCUAUCCUAUUCAGCUAAUAGCCUACUUGUCCAUGAUUCAAUGUAACAGUAAAGGCUACCACGAUAUAUUCGAUUGUUGGAUUGGCAUAGAAUAGUGCUCAAAAUAGGCUUUUCCGUAUGUGUAGGCUAAUAACUCAUCGCAUAGGCUACAUACAGGCUGUAAUAACCAGGCUAUUACCAAAAUGCCUGCUUGGGAAUUAUAGACUUACUUGCUACAUUUUAGCGAGGUUGGUUAUCGUCAUAUUAUCAUCAUAUUGUCAAGGCGCUAGUGUUUUUUUUUUUUUACCUGGCAGCCACAGCCACCGUAAGGGGCGUAUAGCGGUAAAGGGUCGGCUGGCCAAGGUUAUUAUGACGGUAUUAACACACUGGGGCUUGUCAGGGCCAUUUAUAGCAAUUGAUCACUAUUGGUUUUAAACAAUCUGAAUGGUCAACACCUGAAUGGUCAAUGUAUAGCCUAAGCCCUAGAAUCUUCCCUCUGCCAUUCUUGAAGUUUUGGCAACACCAUAGUCUACGACAUUGUUCAUUGAGUGUACAAUCAAUUAGGUGAGAAAGACAGCUAUGCCUGGGAUAUAAUUAGGGUACAAUAACCGUUGGAUAGUAUAGGCCAAGUAUUUACAUAUAGCCUGGUGCCAAAAUAGGCCUAUAGCAUUUUAUGAUCUAUUCCACAUAUAAUAUUAAAAUGUCAAUAACAUUUUUAAGACUUAGGCCUAUAUAGGCAAUGCCACAUGUAAACAAUGUAUUAUUCUAUAUUAUAUACAGAAGGAAUGUUCUAUUUAGGAAUUAAAUCAGAUGCUUUCUGUGUAUGUUCCAGUGUUAUUCAUUGCUCAGUUAUACUGUAUUAAUAGUUUGAGAUUAGAUUAAUGAUGAUGGAUGUUUUGACAGAUGUAGGCUAUAGUCAGUUCCUAUGGGUGGGGUUCAGGAUUGACUGCCAGUGUUGAGGGGCUGUUUAUCAUGUUCAUUAUGAACACAGUUCAUCAGUAAUGACACUGGAGUGGAUGCUGAAGUGGAGGGUCGCUUACUGUAAUUCCAGGGCUGUAGAUACUGCAGUUAUAGCCAAUAUUCAUCCUUUUGUCUCAUACUGAUUACUCACAAUAAACAGUCACUGUAACACAUUAGCAGGUAUUACUGUUUACUGGUGACUGCAACUUACAGUAACUGACAACACCCAAGAGCUAAGUAGCACUAGCUCCAUUGUUAUAGCAUAAUGUUGGCUACACAAGGUUACGCUUAAUUCAUUAACCAUAGUGUGUUUGUAAAUCAUUAUACAGCAAUUGUUCAUUUAUUCAUUCGGGCUUACACUAAAUAUGCAUGUUAGUAACUGUAUAUGACCCAUGCAGGUAUACAACCUACAGCUAAAAACAGUACAGCUAAGCACCACACUCCAUCCACCCAGCUGAUCCGUCUGAUGAUUGAUAUCUUUUUACAUUUUAGCAGACGCUCUUGUCCAGAGCGACUUAUAGUUAGUGAGUGCAUACAUUUCUUUUCAUUUUAUUUUUUUCAUACUGGCCCCCCGUGGGAAUCGAACCCACAACCCUGGCGUUGCAAGCGCCAUGCUCUACCAACUGAGCUACACGGAAUGGUGUGAUUAUAAUGUGACACUGUGCAGGGGAUUUGUGUGUGUUUGUGUGUGUGUGUGUGUGUGUGUGUGUGUGUGUGUGUGUGUGUGUGUGUGUGUGUGUGUGUGUGUGUGUGUGUGUGUGUGUGUGUGUGUGUGUGUGUGUAUAGUUUAUUCGGUUCCCCAUUAGCUUUUGCCAAAUCAGCAGCUAUUCUUCCUGGGGUCCAGAAAAAACACAAAACAUGACAAGUAACAAAACACUGAUACACCUGAUAGACAAGGACAGUCACACAAAUGUAAAAUACAAUGAUAUACAAACAAUACAAAAAAAUUAAUAAUAAUAAUAGUACAAACAAUACAACAAAAAAAUAAUGUCUGUGUGUGCAUUUUUUUAAAGGUAAUUUUGCUGUUUGCUUGAGUAAUUGGAGAUGGAAGGGAGUUCCAUGCGAUUAUGGCUCUGUAUAAUACUGUGCGUUGCCGUGAAUUCAUUUUGGACUUGGGGACUGUGAAGAGACCCCUGGUGGUAUAUCUUGUGGGGUAUGUAUGAGUAUGUCUUUUGGGGUAUGUAUGAGUGUCUGAGAUUAAUGUUAUUUGAUUAUGCAGACAAUCUGACAUUUUCAUUACAGUAAUACUUCUCAUGAAAACUAGAAGAGAAGCACACAGUUAGUCUCUCAUCAACCCUCAACCAGGAAAUACUGGCAUGCAUGUUGUUGAUGUUAGUUCUGUAUGUGCAGUUAAGGGCCUGCUGCUCUGUUUUGAGCCAGCUGCAGCUUUACUAGGUAUUUUUUUGCUGCGCUUGACCAUAUUACAGGACAGUAAUCAAGAUGGGACAAUAACAGAGCCUGAACAACUAGUACAGUUGAUUUUUGUGUAAAAAAUGCAGAACAUAUUUUUAUAACAGACAUACAGUGAGGGAAAAAAGUAUUUGAUCCUCUGCUGAUUUUGUACGUUUGCCCACUGACAAAGAAAUGAUCAGUCUAUAAUUUUAAUGGUAGGUUUAUUUGAACAGUGAGAGACAGAAUAACAACAACAAAAUCAAGAAAAACGCACAUCAAAAAUGUUAUAAAUUGAUUUGCAUUUUAAUGAGGGAAAUAAGUAUUUGACCCCUCUGCAAAACAUGACUUAGUACUUGGUGGCAAAACCCUUGUUGGCAAUCACAGAGGUCAGACGUUUCUUGUAGUUGGCCACCAGCUUUGCACACACCUCAGGAAGGAUUUUGUCCCAUUCCUCUUUGCAGAUAUUCUCCAAGUCAAUAAGGUAUGAGGCUGACGUUUGGCAACUCAAACAUUCAGCUCCCUCCACAGAUUUUCUAUGGGAUUAUGGUCUGGAGACUGGCUAGGCCACUCCAGGACCUUCAUGUGCUUCUUCUUGAAUCACUCCUUUGUUGCCUUGGCCGUGUGUUUUGGGUCAUUGUCAUGCUGGAAUACCCAUCCACGACCCAUUUUCAAUGCCCUGGCUGAGGGAAGGAGGUUCUCACCCAAGAUUUGACGGUACAUGGCCCCGUCCAUCGUCCCUUAGAUGCAGUGAAGUUGUCCUGUCCCCUUAGCAGAAAAACACCCCCAAAGCAUAAUGUUUCCACCUCCAUGUUUGAUGGUGGGGAUGGUGUUCUUGGGGUCAUAGGCAGCAUUCCUCCUCCUCCAAACACGGCGAGUUGAGUUGAUGCCAAAGAGCUCCAUUUUGGUCUCAUCUGACCACAACACUUUCACCCAGUUCUCCUCUGAAUCAUUCAGAUGUUCAUUGGCAAACUUCAGACGGGCAUGUAUAUGUGCUUUCUUGAGCAGGGGGACCUUGCGGGCGCUGCAGGAUAUCAGUCCUUCACGGCGUAGUGUGUUACCAAUUGUUUUCUUGGUGACUAUGGUCCCAGCUGCCUUGAGAUCAUUGACAAGAUCCUCCCGUGUAUUUCUGGGCUGAUUCCUCACCGUUCUCAUGAUCAUUGCAACUCCACGAGGUGAGAUCUUGCAUGGAGCCCCAGGCCGAGGGAGAUUGACAGUUAUUUUGUGUUUCUUCCAUUUGCGAAUAAUCGCACCAACUGUUGUCACCUUCUCACCAAGCUGCUUGGCGAUGGUCUUGUAGCCCAUUCCAGCCUUGUGUAGGUCUACAAUCUUGUCCCUGACAUCCUUGGAGAGCUCUCUGGUCUUGGCCAUGGUGGAGAGUUUGGAUUCUGAUUGAUUGCUUCUGUGGACAGGUGUCUUUUAUACAGGUAACAAGCUGAAAUUAGGAGCACUCCCUUUAAGAGUGUGCUCCUAAUCUCAGCUCGUUACCUGUAUAAAAGACACCUGGGAGCCAGAAAUCUUUCUGAUUGAGAGGGGGUCAAAUACCUAUUUCCCUCAUUAAAAUGCAAAUCAAUUUAUAACAUUUUUGACAUGCGUUUUUCUGGAUUCUUUUGUUGUUAUUCUGUCUCUCACUGUUCAAAUAAACCUACCAUUACAAUUAUAGACUGAUCAUUUCUUUGUCAGUGGGCAAACGUACAAAAUCAGCAGGGGAUCAAAUACUUUUUUCCCUCACUGUACCCCUCCCCACCUUUACAACAACUUUGUCAUCCAAUGUUAUACCUAGGAGUUUAGCUUCCUCAACUUGCUCAAGGGUCACACCCUUUAUACACAACUCCAGCUGAGGUUUAGGUCUUAGAGAAUUUUUUUAACCAAAUACAAUGCUUUUAGUUUUAGAUGUAUUUAAGACCAAUGGGUGGGUGGGUGUGAAUCUCUGAGUGUGCGUGUGUUUACUUUGACUUUGAUGUCUCUUAUGCACAAGUGUGACAUUAGCGACACAGACAGGAUGUAAGAGGAAACCACAUGGGCUGAAUCAUGGGCUGAACAUGGGCUGAAUCUUUUUAACCAAAUACAAUGCUUUUAGUUUUAGAUGUAUUUAAGACCAAUGGGUGGGUGGGUGUGAAUCUCUGAGUGUGCGUGUGUUUACUUUGACUUUGAUGUCUCUUAUGCACAAGUGUGACAUUAGCGACACAGACAUGUGUGAUUAUGAUUCAGCCCAUGUGGUUUCCUCUUACAUCCUGUCUGUGUCGCUAAUGUCACACUUGUGCAUAAGAGACAUCAAAGUCAAAGUAAACACACGCACACUCAGAGAUUCACACCCACCCACCCAUUGGUCUUAAAUACAUCUAAAACUAAAAGCAUUGUAUUUGGUUAAAAAAAUCCCUUAUAAUGAUGGACUAAUCACAAUGCAUGUUUCUGUCCUCCCUUCCUUGGGGAAAUCACCAUUUUGACAUGAUAAGAUAGGUGAAAGCUAGUGGAACCCUUAAUGGCUGUUACCUUCAAUGGUAAAGAAGGAUGUAUUUCAAAAUGGAUGGUAAUCACUGAUUUGACAUGAUACGAUAGGUGAAAGAUAUAUAGUGGACCCUGCUGUUACCUAUCCAAUGGUAACGAAGGACAUAUUUUCAAUGUAGUCAAAUCAGGCCAAUGUCUCUGGGAUGUAGUCCAGUCCAGACUGGGUUUAAGACAGGAAUGAAUACUUAGAUCAGAGACAGGAUAGAAGAGAGGGGGAAAUGAGAGAGAGAAAAUACAAUAAGCGAGAAGGAGAGAGAGAGAAAAUAUACAGCAUAUAUCUCUCUAAUUACUCAAGGAGAGAGAAAGAAGAGAAGAUUGCAUGUCACAUGUCUGACAUCUCGUAACAUUUUCCACAGAAAUCACCACAGGGUGAAGAUCAUAAACACCCAUUGGGAGGUCAAUAUCAGUAUGACCUCAUCCAAUUGGACCCUGAGCCCUGAAGAAGAUAUUCUUAGGCUGAUGGUUCAUAUACUAAUGUGGUGAGAGAUGUAGACCACCUACACUCUAAGAAAAAAAGGGUUUCAAAAGGGGUAUUUGGCUGUCCUUAUAGGAGAACCCUUUUUGGUUUCAGGUAGAAAUAACCCUUUUGGGUUCCAGGUAGAACCAAAAGGUUUGUACCUGGAACCAAAAAAGGUUAUUCAAAGGGUUCUCCUAUGGGACAGCCGAAGAACCCUUUUACGUUCUAGAUAGCACUUUUUUUUUCUGAGUGUAUGGUUCACACUCAGUCCAGUAGCUUCUGAUGAUAUUAUAUUCUCCCACCUCAUGUUUGUAGAGUUAAAGGGACAUUACACUCAAAAUUAACAUUUUGUCAGGUGUUUCAGACCACAAAAGUAGUCAAGAUGAAUCCACAUCCCAUGCCAUCCAGUUAGAUCUAGCUACAGUGCCUAGUACGUUUUCACACCCACAGGUGUCACAUUUUGCUGCCUUAUUAUACUUAAAUAUAAAAAGGGAUUAAAUUCGAUUUUUUUCUACUGAUUUACACAACCUACUCCACAUUUUCAAAGUGAAAUAAAAAUUUGAGAUUUUCUAAAAUAAAUUCAAAUAUUAAAAUGAUAAAUAAAACUGUUAGGUAUUCAAAAGACUGAGGCAGGAUUUCCUCUAAGUUUUUACCUGAGCUUGGCCCCUUUCAUAUUUAUUUUGGGCCUGACAAAACUUCCCAGUCCCUGCCUGUGACAGGCAUACCUGUAACAUGAUGCUGCCACCACAAUUCUUGAAAAUAUAGAGGAUUUCACUCCGUGAUGUGUUAGAUUUGGCCCAAACUUAAGUUGUUCAUUUAGGCCAAAAAGUUAAAUAUUUUGCCAUGCUGUCUUGAGGUAUAACUAAAGCGCCAUGUUUCAAACAGGAGUGAUGAUUUGGAAUUGAUUUCUUUAGCUUCUUUUCUUUCUGUCAAACAGGCCAGUAAUGUGGAGUUAAUGCAAUGCUGUUGGUCCAUGCAGUUUUCUCUCCACUCAGCCAAUGAACUCUGUGGCUGUUUUAAAAUCAUCUUUGGCCUCAUAGUGAUAUCCCUGAGCAGUUUCCAUUCUCUCCUACAGCUCAGUUAGGAAGGAUGGCCAGAUCCUCACAGUGCCAGGGUGAUACGAUACACCAACUACAGAUUAUUUACCCUAUUUGACCAUACUUAAAGGGAUAUUCAGUGUCUUGGAAUUAUUUCGUAACCUCCCCUGAUAUGUGCCUGUCUAAAAAUGUAUCACCUGACAUGUUUUUAAAACUAAUUGGUGGCUCUGAGAUUGAGUCAUUGUUUGAAUAUCACUAUCUAACAGAGGGACCAUACAAAGACAGGGUAAACUAUUCUUAAAUCAUGAGAACCACUACUUAUGCGAACAGGUGGACACCAUUCAAUAAAUGUUGUGCAUUAAUUUGAAAAUAUUUGCUCUUCACACACAGACUUACGCAUUCACAAUAUAUUAGUUUUUUAUGUUUUAUUAAUUUCAGCAAAUGUCUAAAAAAUGUCUUACACUGUGAAAAUGUGGAGUAGUUUAUGUAGAUCUGUAAGGAAAAUUAAAUGUAAGGCAGCAAUAUAUAAUGUAUAUACCUCAACCAACAAAUGAAUGGUAAAGAUUAGCACCGCAGAUCUGUAAAUUGCAUUGUGCUUAUCUUCUCUAUUCAUUUUGGAUUGUGGCAUAUACACUGUAGGUCCUUCUACAAAACAGAUUGCCUGGGAUGUGGACUUAUCUGAAGAGAAGAUCGCUUUUGAGGUUUGAAAACGUCUGAUCAUCUGAUUUUGGAGUGUAAUGACUCUUUAGCAAUAAUUUUGAUAGGACUGAGUGAUCUGAGUGGGGAGGGGAAAACUGAAAACUAUCUGUUAUUGGCAAAGAGGUUUGGAACUAUCUUAUUGGUCUAUUAACUAAUUUACCGCCUGUUGAUGUCACCAGCAGGGUUGGGUAGGUUACUUUCUAAAUGUAAUCCAUUACAGUUACCUGUCCAACUUUUUUAUCAGUAACGUAACUUUUGGAUUACCCAAACUCAGUUACUUUUAGAUUACUUUCCCAUUAGAAGAAUACAAAAAUGAAUAUUACCAAUUGAACGACAUCUAUUGCAGGAUAAAUCAAUGUUAGAUUUGACAUAACUGGCCAUAAAUGGAUGUUGCAUUUUACUUGGGUUGGUUAUGUAGGCUUCUUCUAACCCAUUGCCUUCUACUUUAAUAUAGAGAAUAAUAUGAUUAGGCUAUAUCUUUACCUAUCUUUACAAAAUCAAAGUCUGUCAGAUUUCCAGUCAGUCAUUCCAAUUAAUUUAAUACCCCUUUAUCUUCAAGAAUAGGACUUGGAAAUAUGGAAAUAUAGAUAAGGACCAAACAUCCUUUCUGAAUUUAAAAGUAAUCCUACAAGUAAUCAUCUAUUUUUUUCAGAAAUAUCUCCAAUGUGAUUACCAUAUUUUUGCUGGAAAAGUAACUGGUAAAGUAACUGAUUACAGUUAGUUUUUUGUCAUCACUUACAUGUAACAGGAAAAUCACGUUUUUGACUGCACUGGGCCUUUAAACAGGAAAACGGUAGCAUUGGAUAGGGUUAAUAAGAGGAAUAGGUUAAAGCUGGAAUCCUUAAUUGGUGAAACUGGCAAGUAUGUUUGGGAUAUUACAACAACAAAGAAGUUACUGCAAACAACAAACACUGUUUUCUUUCUCUCUGACAUCAUAACAUGUGCGAUAGGACUGCCGAAAGCUCCUCCCCUUCGUUCUAGUCAACAAAACAAAAACAAUAACAAAGGCGCUGGGGCGAACAGUAGCGCUCUUUCCCCUAAUGCAGAUUUGAUCUUUAAAGCUAAAAACAUGCACUUCAGAACAGACUGUAGCUACCUGUGUUCUGUAUCCUAAAUUAUUUUUAUUCUAUCGCUCUUUCUCUUUCUGUGUGUAUGUGUGUGUGCAUGCGUGUGUACAUUUGUGUGUGUGUGUGUGUGCGUGUGUGUGUGCGUGCAUGUGGGUCCAUAGUCCAGAGAGCAUAGUUUGGAUGCCCACAAAGCAGCUCCUCAAGGUUUCAUCAUGAAUAGAAACAAGCGAGGAGGAGAAAGGGAGCUCUACAGUUUAGAUGUCGGAGAUUCCACCUUCACAGUUCUGAAACGCUACCAGAAUCUAAGGCCCAUCGGCUCAGGAGCACAGGGAAUCGUCUGGUAAGUGUAAUCACUAUGCAAUUACUAGUUACUGAGAAGAAAAAACAAUGUGCUGGUUAAAGAAAAACUGUAAGACCAUGGAGACUUGGUACAAGGUACUUUUUGAAAAGGGUAGUCUAUGACUAGCAGAAGAAACAAAGGGAAGGUCACCACUUAGUAAACGAAAAUUGUUGGAUUGGCAUAGUCAUUUUUGUGUAUAUAUUUUUGUUGUUUAUGCUAUCUUUGACAUUUAUGUUGCUAUUUUUAUUAUUCAUAAAUAAUUUACUUUAGGUUCACACCCUUGUUUCAUUUGUUAUUUUGUUUAUGUGACAUGUUUUCUUAUUGGUUAUUGUGCCACCCAAAGGUGAUUUAUAGAGCCCUCAUGUGGGCACUCAAACCUUUACGCCCUGAUGAAGGCUGACAAGGCCAAAAUGCGUUGGGGUUUGUUCUUCAUGUUUUUAACGAUAUACAGUACCAGUCAAAAGUUUGGACACACCUACUCAUUCAAGGGUUGUUCUUUAUUUUUACUAUUUUCUACAUUGUAGAAUAAUAGUGAAGACAUUAAAACUAUGAAAUAACACAUAUGGAAUCAUGUAGUAACCAAAAAAGUGUUAAACAAAUCAAAAUAUAUUUAUAUUUUAGAUUCUUGAAAUAGCCACCCUUUGCCUUGAUGACAGCUUUGCACACUCUUGGCAUUCUCUCAACCAGCUUCACCUGGAAUGCUUUUCCAACAGUCUUGAAGGAUUUCCCACAUAUGCUGAGCACUUGUUGGCUGCUUGUCCUUCACUCUGCGGUCCGACUCAUCCCAAACCAUCUCAAUUUGGUUGGGGGAUUGUGGAGGCCAGGUCAUCUGAUGCAGCACUCCAUCACUCUCCUUCUUGGUAAAAUAGCCCUUACACAGCCUGGAGGUGUGUUGGGUCAUUGUCCUGUUGAAAAAUAAAUUAUAGUCACACUAAGCCCAAACCAGAUGGGAUGGCGUAUCGCUGCAGAAUGCUGUGGAAGCCAUGCUGGUUAAGUGUGCCUUGAAUUCUAAAUAAACCACAGACAGUGUCACCAGCAAAGCACCCCCACACCAUAACACCUCCUCCAUGCUUUACGGUGGGAACUACACAUGCGGAGAUCAUCCGUUCACCCACACCGCGUCUCACAAAGAUGCAGCGGUUGGAACCAAAAAUCUCCAAUUUGGACUCCAGACCAAAGGACACAUUUCCACCGGUCUAAUGUCCAUUGCUCUUGUUUCUUGGCCCAAGCAAGUAUCUUCUUCUUAUUGGUGUCCUUUAGUUACUUGAACUCUGUGAAGCAUUUAUUUGGGCUGCAAUUUCUGAGGCUGGUAACUUUAAUGAACUUAUCCUCUGCAGCAGAGGGGUGAGCGUCGAGGCUCCGGGUGGUGUUGGAAACGACGUCGGUCUCUCAACAUCUCAUCAAGACGAAUGGACGUGGUGAUGACGGUAUCAAGGUCCAUCUCGUCGUCCCAAUAUUGCCAGUUCCGUCGUGAUGUCCUCCCAUAAGCCUCUCCUGAAGGCCGUGCGCAGAGCACGCUCAUUCCAGCCGGAAGACGCAGCCACCGUGCGAAAGCGCCAGAUACUGUGAGACCUGUAGCAGGAAGCCUAUACAUUUAGUUGUUUUCUCGUCAUAGCGCUCCGGCAGGGCGAGGGGUCCCUCAGACGUUGGUGAUAGCACGGGAGGAGGUGGACUGGGUGCACUCGCCGCUCCCUGAGGUGGAACCGGAGUGAUGGUCAGUUUAUGCAGCAUUUGGAGCACUUCCUGCAUGGCGGCGUUCAGCUGGGCAAUCUGCUGCUGGUGCUGGUCGAGGAUUUGGGAAACUCCAGGAGGAUUACCUGCUGCAUCCAUCUUCGUGAUUGGUGUGUGAUUUUGUGACGAGUACUGAGGAUACGAAGAAGCAGGACGCAGAUGCAGGAAUCAACAAUGUAAAUGCUUACUUAACAUUGAACAAGAGAACAACAAAGAGCGAGUACACGACAUGACACUAACAAUCACACACAACACAACACUGAACAGUCCAGGGCUAUAUAGGGGUGGUGAUGAGAUGAUGAGGUGCAGGUGCGUUGGGUUUCCAUUCCGGUGUUGCCAAGGUGGUGCGCUCAGACCGGUGGCUCAGUAAACCGGCAAAUCAGAGCGCCGGAGGGGAGCAACGGGAAGAGACGUCAGUUUCAUCAUAGUGCUUGAUGGUUUUUGCGACUGCACUUGAAGAAACUUUCAAAGUUCUUGACAUUUUCCGUAUUGACUGACCUUCAUGUCUUAAAGUAAUGAUGGACUGUCGUUUCUCUUUGCUUAUUUGAGCUGUUCUUGCCAUAAUAUGGACUUGGUCUUUUACCAAAUAGGGCUAUCUUCUGUAUACCUUGUCACAACACAACUGAUUGGUUCAAAUGCAUUAAGAAGGAAAGAAAUUCCACAAAUUAACUUUUAAGAAGGCACCCCUGUUAAUUGAAAUGCAUUCCAGGUGACUACCUCAUGAAGCUGGUUGAGAGAAUGCCAAGAGUGUGCAAAGCUGUCAUCAAGGCAAAGGGUGGCUAUUUGAAGAAUCUCAAAUCUCAAAUAUAUUUGGAUUUAACCCUUUUUUGGUUACUACAUGAUUCCAUAUGUGUUAUUUCAUAGUUUUGAUGUCUUCACUAUUAUUCUAUAAUGUAGAAAAUAGUAAAAAUAAAGAAAAACCCUUGAAUGAGUAGGUGUGUCCAAACAUUUGACUGGUACUGUAUAUAUAAAUGAUAUAUUUAUUUUGUAUUUUACCCACUUUUUCUCCCCAAUUUCGUGAUCCAAUUACGAUCUUGUUUCAUCGCUGCAACUCCCCAACAGGCUCGGGAGAGGCAAAGGUCAAGUCAUGCGUCCUCAGAAACAUGACCCGCCAAACCGCGCUCCUUAACACCUGCCCGCCUAACCCGGAAGCCAGCCUCACCAAUGUGUCAGAGGAAACACUGUUCAACUGACGACCAGCCUGCAGGCGCCCGGCCCAACACAAGGUGUCGCUAGACUGCGAUGAGCCAAGUAAAGCCCUCCCAGCCAAACCCUCCCCUAACCCGGACGACGCUGGGCCAAUUGUGCGCUGCCCUAUGGGACUCCCGGUCACGGCCGGUUGUGACACAGCCCGGGAUCGAACCCGGGUCUGUAGUGACGCCUCAAGCACUGCGAUGCAGUAUCUUAGACCGCUGCGUCACUCGGGAGGCCGUUUUUUUACUAUUUCUAAUAAAAUGCCCCAGAAAAUAAAUGCCCAGAAAAGAAGUUCAUCCUUCCGUUUGCCUUGAUGGGGAAAAGUAAGCCCCACAAUAAAUGUUUCUACAUUUUUCAUUUACUAAGUGGUGGCCCUCAUAUUUUCUGCCUGUCAUAUACUAGUUACUUACUGUUUUAACAGCGGGUUGUACUAGGUAAUUACCAGUAAACAACGGGAUACAAAAUAAAGUGUUGCCAUGUAUUGUUUUUAAAUCCUUUUUGCUAGAGUUUUUCAGCUUUUUUUGUUGCCCCAUGAAAUACUUUAAUUUGAGAUUCAAUUAGUUUCCAAGGUAACAUAAAAUGUAAAGCUACAUACCAAAGUACCCCAGUUUGAAUUUGUCAUAAUACUGUGGUGCUUAAUCAAUGGAGGUUGAUGCCAAAGCUGGUCCAUCAAUGGCACAAUGGACCAUGGAAUGUUUCAAGGUCACAUGCUGUAAAAGAUCCAAUGAAAUAAACACAAAUCAGACAUCCAUUUAAAUUCCUAUUUCCUACAGUCUGUAUCACCCUAUUGUUACGGAUGUGUUAAUGUAUGUCAUGCUCUUGGUCUUGCUUUUUCAGUUCAGCGUAUGACCACAACCUCGAGAGAAAUGUGGCGAUUAAGAAGUUAAGUCGGCCGUUCCAGAACCAGACGCAUGCCAAGAGAGCGUACAGAGAACUGGUGUUAAUGAAAUGUGUCAAUCACAAAAAUGUAAGUCUGCCUACCAUCACUGGUCAGUUACUUCUUCUUGCUGUUUUAUUAUAUUCUAGAUAUGACUCUAUGACAGUUAUCCUCUAUUUUGUGUAUGAAUGGCCUGGCUGGACAUAGAGAGGAAAGGAACAGUAAGAAUAUUAUUUUAUGAAUGCAUAAUGGUACUUCAGAAGGAACAGUAAACAGGCAUUUGCUUUGGUAGCCCAUAUAGUGAAUAUACACACAGCUAAAAUGCAGAUUAAUUCAACCAGCUUCCAGGACUGCAGUUACCCGUUUUGAUAUUUUGUAUUGUUAUAUUGCAUAAUACAUUUGAAAAUGACUUGAUUACAAACAUGUGUUAUGAUGAAGGACUGUUUUCCUUAUAUUGAGGAAACUAAUCUAGCAAGCAUCCUGUUUGACUCGUGUGUUCAUGUUGUUACCUUUACAGAUCAUUGGCCUAUUAAACGUAUUCAGCCCACAAAAAUCAUUAGAAGAAUUUGCAGAUGUGUAAGUACAUUAUUAGAAAAGUCUGAGCCUUUUGGGUAAAACACUGGGGUAAAUCCUCAGUGGAAAUGCUCCUUAAAAAUGUAUGCACUCACUAACUGUAAGUCGCUCUGGAUAAGAGCGUCUGCUAAAUGACUAAAAUGUAAAAUGUAUAAUAACAUGAUAAACCUUUGACAUUGUAAAAUGAUUACAUGCUGUUAGGAAUUAAGACAUAGGAGGAUCAUAGGAUGAUCUUUGAAUUGGCCCUGUCUGUCAUCAAUGAAAGAAUUACUCAGCUAUUACCAGAAUAACUGUCUGAAAUCUCUCUGCAUACUGUAUCUCUCUCUGUUUAAGCCUUCCAGCUGGCUCCACAGAUGCGGGUGUGUGCGCCUGCUCGGUUUGUGUGUGUGUCUGCGCCUGUGUGUGUCUGUGCUUGUGUGUGUGUGUGUGUACACUUAUGUGUACACGCAAGCAUGUGUGUAUUCUCAUUUCUCUUCCUAUCUGUGUAGAUACAUUGUGAUGGAGCUGAUGGAUGCCAACCUGUGUCAGGUGAUUCAGAUGGAGUUGGACCAUGAGAGGUUGUCCUACCUGCUCUACCAGAUGCUGUGUGGCAUCAAACACCUCCACGCUGCCGGCAUCAUACACAGGGUACGGCUCAUACUGGCUCAUACACACUAACGCUAAGCUAACAGGUAGACACUGGGUAUGGCUCAUAAAUGCUAACUCUAAGCUAAUAGGUAGACACAGGAUAUGGUUCACACCUGCUAACACUAAGCUAUCAGGUAGACACAGGGUAUGGUUCACACCCGCUAACACUAAGCUAACAGGUAGACACAGGGUAUGGUUCACACCCGCUAACACUAAGGUAACAGGUAGACACAGGGUAUGGCUCAUGCAUGCUAACUCUAAGCUAAUAGGUAGACACAGGAUAUGGUUCACACCCGCUAACACUAAGCUAACAGGUAGACACAGGGUAUGGUUCACACCCGCUAACACUAAGUCAACAGGUAGACACAGGGUAUGGCUCAUACAUGCUAACUCUAAGUGAAUAGAUAGACACAGGAUAUGGUUCAUACCCGCUAACACUAAGCUAAUAGGUAGACACAGCUAACACUAAGCUAACAGGUAGACACAGGGUAUGGCUCAUACUGGGUAACACUAAGCUAAUAAUGUAGCAAAGCUCUUCAUUAUAUAAUUUCUGGGGCAUUGUUGUAUUUCCAAAUAAAAUACUGUAAGCUAAAAGCCCAGAUUUACAGUAACCCAUGUCAGAGCUUUGAUGAGAGCAGGAGGAACCUGCUAAUGAUCUAAACACUCAUUCAGCUUUAAUGACUGGGAUUGCGUCCAAAAUGGCACCCUAUUCCUGGCUCUGGUCAAAUAAGUGCAAUGUAUAGGGAGUGAUAGAGUGCCAUUUGGGAUACAUGCUUGGCCCAAUGGAGCAUGUAAAGUUUAGACAAGGAUGGGAAAAAACCAAAUAACCACCGAGAUCAUUCUGAGAUUAAUCUAGAUUCUAGAAUAAUGUAACUGCUUUGCAUGUCAUACGACCAGGCCGUUAGCGUACAUGCAAAUCUGUGAAAGAUGACUCACUACUCAGUAACUGUAGUUAAAAUGGAGUGACUCAUUACUGUUGUUAAGAUGGUGAUGAAUAUGGAUGAUGCCCUGUUUUAUAAUAUUAUGAUGACGACAUUCCUAUACCCCUACAUAGCUUCACUGAUGUCCCCCAUCUGCCUCUCUCAUUGUUUGGGGAGCAUGUUGUUCCCUUACUAUAAUAUCUAAAACAAACUGCCAAGACGGCCAAUAAUGCUCUCUGACGGGAUUGUCUGCCAUAAUCUUUUAGUAAAAAAUGCUCUGGAACACACUGCGCAGGCUACAGACAAUAUUCGCUGUGUCUGGGCCUUAAAAUAUGCUGCUGCUAUUGAUGAUGAUGAUGAUGAUGACAAUGAUGAUGUUCUCUCCUUGUCCCUCCUCUAGGAUCUAAAGCCCAGUAACAUCGUGGUGAAGUCAGACUGUACGUUGAAGAUCUUGGACUUUGGCUUGGCUCGGACGGCGGCUACAGGUCUGCUGAUGACCCCCUACGUAGUGACCAGAUACUACAGAGCACCAGAGGUCAUACUGGGGAUGGGCUACCAGGCCAACGGUCAGUACCUGUCAAUCAAGAAAGGCCUGUUGGAAACAGCAGAUUUGUUGGUAAACUUUCCAAAUGUCGACAAAACAAAAUAUGCUAGACAAGGUGGGAUCUUUUUGUGUCUGUAAAAUCAAUUAUGCGAGAAGUGGAGGUGGAAAUGCCUUCAUGCACAAAUAUAUAUGGAAACCCAUUUAACUUUAAGUCAAUUUGAUGGAAACACAUCUCUGGUAGGAAAAUACGCAUAUUGUUUUUAUGCAGAUUUUUUUAUAUUCUCAUGAAAAUCUGUCGCCAAUUGGAUGUAGACCUAGCUAAUGACAACAAUAACAGUACUGUUUUCAUUACAUUUAUGUUUUAAUUUUUUUUAUUAAUCAUGGAAAUAACAUCAAUAACAACACCGCUUUCUUGCCAGCUUGUACACUAGCCAUCCACUUCUCUUCAAGCCUCUGGGAAAGUUGUGCACAAUGAGAAACAAUGGUCUCUUUACUAACUACUAAAAGCUAACCCCCCACCCCUUCUCCUGUCUAUGUUGUAACAGUGGACAUAUGGUCUGUGGGGUGUAUUCUGGCAGAAAUGGUCCGCCACAAAAUCCUGUUCCCAGGAAGGGACUGUAUCCUUGGUGCUUUUGGCUGUGAAUCGUCUCCUGCCGAAAUAAACCAGUUUGCCUCCUCCAUGGGGCCAUUUCUCUUCAGUCUCUCAGUUUACGAGAUGGACAUUUAUUUCACGUCCUGAUUUCCUGCCUUUUCCUUCCCAUGUGACAGAGGGCUCUGUGCCUGGAGACUGGCAGAUGCUGCAUGCCGCAUCCAUUUUCACUCUCAUUCACCCAAUUUACUUAUUCAUACUUUCCUUUUUCUCCUUCAUUCACCCGAUGUAUCCCUCUUUCCAUUUUCAGUUUCAUGUGUCUGAUUAUUUGUGUUGUAAAUUUUUUGUAAUUCAUUCAUAUUCCUCUCUCAUUUCCUUAAUCUGUUCUUCAUUUUUUCUCUCCAUUGUGUUUGAAUGUCAUCCCUUCAUUCAUCGUGCAGUGGACGUGUGGUCAGUGGGCUGUAUUGUGGCUGAGAUGGUCAGAGGUAGUGUGUUGUUCCCAGGCACUGACCGUAUCCUUUCCUCUUUUACAGUGUUAUCAUUUCACCAUGUUUGUGUGUUUUUACCUUGUUUUUACCAUCAACCACCGCCCCGUGGAGCACUCCUUUUGCACUCUACCCACUACAAUACCCACCAUAUCCAAAUACACCCAUACUCCCAUCCUCCCUGCCCAUAACCACCUAAGCUUCUGCCAAUACACAGAGAUAGUUCUAGAAAACAGGAAUAGUUCUGGAACAGUAGUUCUCUAACAUAGUUAUGUGUGUCUGUGGAGAAGGCUAUGUCUGUGUGUAGUGUUUCCCUAACUCCCCCUGCUCAGACAUUGACCAGUGGAACAAGGUGAUAGAGCAGCUUGGGACUCCGCCCCAGGAGUUCCUGAUGAAGCUCAACCAAUCAGUGAGGACGUACGUAGAGAACAGGCCGUGUUACGCAGGAUACAGCUUUGACAAACUCUUCCCUGACGUCCUCUUCCCUGCAGACUCAGAACACAACAAACUGAAAGGUACUGGAAAUGGAGUGUGUGUGUUUGUGUGUGGGUAGGGUGUGUGUGUGGUGUGCGUGUGUGUGCGUGCUGGUAUGAAUUAUAUUAUCUUUCCACUUCCAGCGAGCCAGGCCAGAGACCUGCUGUCUAAGAUGUUGGUGAUCGACUCGUCUAAGAGGAUCUCGGUGGACGAGGCCCUGAAACACCCCUAUAUCAACGUGUGGUACGACCCAGCAGAAGUGGAGGCGGUAAGUGUUUAACACAUGGUACAAUCUAUUGGAGGGGGAACUUGGAAAUUGGACCAACACGGUUGACACUUUUAGUCAGAAGAGUGAACUAUGGUUGAUGGUUUGAUGUAGGGAUGAACCUUUCUUCCCUCUCUUCUCCCUUCUGCUCUUUUCCUCUCUUUCUUUUGCUUUUUUUCUCGUCUCAGCCCCCUCCGAAGAUCACAGACAAGCAGCUGGAUGAGCGAGAGCAUACGGUGGAGGAGUGGAAAGGUUAAAGAUGUUACUACAACUAUCACUUUUCACUAGACAUGGGUCACAAACAAACAGUGAGCUCCAAAAGUAUUGGGACAGUGACAUUUUUGUUGUUGUUUUGGCUCUGUACUGCAGCACUUUGGAUUUGAAAUGGUACAAUGACUAUGCGGUUCAAGUGCAGACUGUCAGCUUUAAUGUUAGGGUAUUUUCAUCCAUAUUGGGUGAACCUUUUAGAAAUUACAGCACUUUGUGUACACCUACUGGGGAGCCAGGCCCACCCAAUCAAAUUGAGCAACCAAAACAUAUAUAUAUACACAUUUUUUGUUUUUAGCCAACCAUCCCAUGAAAGAGAAUGUCAUUCCAGUUUAUCUGAAUGUCAUUCCAGUGCACUGCUUGCAAUGAAUUCUAUCUGACGGGGUUUGCAUGUUUAGGUAAAAAUACAAAUAAUGUCCCGUUUGGAACACUGACCAGUAGAGAGCAUAAUUGUGUGUGUAUAUAUUCCUUCCACCUCAUGGCUUGGUUUUUGCUCUGACUUGCACUGUCAACUGUGGGACCUUAUAUAGACAGGUGUGUGCCUUUCCAAAUCAUGUCCAAUCAAUUGAAUUUACCACAGGUGGACUCCAAUCAAGUUGUAGAAACAUCUCAAGGAUGAUCAAUGGAAACAGGAUGCACUUGAGCUCAAUUUCGAGUCUCAUAGCAAAGGGUCUGAAUACUUACGUAAAUAAGGUAUUUCUGUUUUUUAUUUUUUAUACAUUUGCACCAAAAAAACGGUUUUCGCUUCGUCAUUAUGGGGUAUUGUGAGUAGAUUGAUGAGGAUUUUAUUUAUUUAAUCCAUUUUAGAAUAAGGCUGUAACGUAACAACAUGUGGAAAAAGUCAAGGGGUCUGAAUACACUGUAUUAUGCUCUCUACUUGUCAGUGUUCCAAACGGGAUAUUAUUUGUAUUUCUAUCUAAACAUGCAAACACCAUCAGCUAGAAUUCAUAGCAGUGCAAUGGAAUGACAUUCAGAUGAACUGGAAUGACAUUCACUUUCAUGGGAUGGUUGGCCAAAAAUAACUAAAAGCCACACCCCCAAUAAGCCACAAAUAUGACCGCAUUGAUGCAUAUGUCACUGUGCUUCUAUGGCUGUAUGCACCAUGCCACUGCAUACUUAAUUUGUUCAUUUAGCAAACAAGACAGCUCAUAAUCCAGUGCCUUUAUCACAGUCAACACACCUAUAUUUCUUUGUUUAAUUCGCUUUAAAAAUGCAACAUUUUCUCUCAGCCUAUUGGCAAAAUGUGUAGAAUAGCAUGAGAUUAGCUAUAAAACUGCACAUUUUUCUCUUUGCUCCAUUUCCUCUUUGCCCCAAACCGAUUCUGUCACUUAGACCGCAGUCAACGAGCUGUAUAGGACCAUAAGCAAACAAGAAAAUGCUCAUCCGGAGGUGGCGCUCCUAGUGGCCGGUGAUUUUAAUGCAAGGAAACUGAAAUCUGUUUGACCUAAUUUCUACCAACAUGUCAACUGUGCAACUAGAGACAAAACUCUAGAUCACCUUUAUUCCGCACACAGAAAUGCAUACAAAGCUCUCCCUCGCCCUCUAUUUGGCAAAUCUGACCAUAACGCUAUCCUCCUGAUUCCUGCUUACAAGUAAAAACUCAAACUGGAAGUACCAGUUAAGUACUCAACACAGGAAAACUCAAAACAGGAAGGUCUGAUGAAGCGGAUGCUAAGCUACAGGACUGUUUCGCUAACACAGACUGGAAUAUGUUCCGGGAUUCAUCCAAUGGCAUUGAGGAGUUAACCACAUCAGUCACCGGCUUCAUUAAUAAGUGAAUUGAUGGUGUCGUCCCAACAGUGACCGUAUGUAAAUAUCCCAACCAGAAGCCAAGGAUUACAGGCAACAUCCGCACUGAGCUAAAGGCUAGAGCUGCCGCUUUCAAGGAGCAGGACACUAAUCAGGACGCUAAGAAGAAAUCCUGCUACGACCUCUGACAAGCCAUCAAACAGGCAAAGCAUGAAUACAGGACUAAGAUCGAAUCCUACUAUGCCGGCUCUGAUGCUCGUCGGAUGUGGCAGGGCUUGCGAACUAUCACGGAUUACAAAGGGAGACCCAGCCGCGAGUUGCCCAGUGACGCAAGCCUCCAGACAAACUAAAUUCCUUCUAUGCUCGCUUCGAGGCAAGCAACACUGAACCUGCAUGAGAGCACCAGCUGUUCCGGACGACUGUGUGAUCACGCUCUCCGUAGCCGAUGUGAGUAAGACCUUUAUACAGGUUAACAUUCACAGAUGGAUUACCAGAACGCAUACAGAGCAUGCGCUGACCAGCUGACAUUUUAACCUCUCUGACCCUGUCUGUAAUAUCUACAUGUUACAAGCAGACCACCAUAGUCUCUGUGCACAAUAAGGCCAACGUAACCUGUCUAAUUGACUAUCGCCCUGUAGCACUUACAUCUGUAGCCAUGAAAUGCUUUGAAAGGCUGGUCAUGGCUCACAUCAACAACAUCAUCCCAGACACCCUGGUCCCACUCCAAUUCACAUACCACCCCAACAGAUCCACAGAUGACACAAUCUCUAUUGCACUCCACACUGCCCUCUCCCACCUGGACAAGAUUAACACCUACAGUUGAAGUCGGAAGUUUACAUACACCUUAGCCAAAUACAUUUAAACUCAGUUUUUCACAAUUCCUGACAUUUAAUCCUAGUAAAGAUUCCCUCUCUUAGGUCAGUUAGGAUCACCACUUUAUUUUAAGAAUGUGAAAUGUCAGAAUAAUAGUAGAGAUAAUUAUUUAUUUCAGCUUUUAUUUCUUUCAUCACAUUCCCAUUCGGUCAGAAUGCUACACUCAAUUAGUGGUAGCAUUGCCUUUAAUUGUUUAACUUGGGUCAAACAUUUCGGGUAGCCUUCCACAAGCUUCCCACAAUAAGUUGGGUGAAUGUUGGCCCAUUCCUCCUGACAGAGCUGGUGUAACUGAGUCAGGUUUGUAGGCCUCCUUGCUCGCACACGCUUUUUCAGUUCUGCCCACAAAUAUUCUAUAGGAUUGAGGUCAGGGUUUUGUGAUGGCCACUCCAAUACCUUGACUUUGUUGUCCUUAAGCCAUUUUGCCACAACUUUGGAAGUAUGCUUAAGGUCAAGAUCCAUUUGCGACCAAGCUUUAACUUCCUGACUGAUGUCUUGAGAUGUUGCUUCAAUAUAUCCACAUAAUGUUCCUUCCUCAUGAUGCCAUCUGUUUUGUGAAGUGCACCAGUCCCUCCUGCAGCAAAGCACCCCCACAGCAUGAUGCUGCCAUCCCCGUGCUUCGCGGUUGGGAUUGUGUUCUUCAGCUUGCAAGCCACCCACUUUUUCCUCCAAACAUAACGAUGGUCAUUAUGGCCAAACAGUUAUAUUUUUGUUUCAUCAGACCAGAGGACAUUUCUCCAAAAAGUACGAUCUUUGUCCCAUGUGCAGUUGCAAACCGGUUUUGGAGCAAUGGCUUCUUCCUUGCUGAGCGGCCUUUCAGGUUAUGUUGAUAUAGGACUCGUUUUACUGUGGAUAUAGUUACUUUUGUACCAGCAUCUUCACAAGGUCCUUUGCUGUUGUUCUGGGAUUGAUUUGCACUUUUCGUACCAAAGUACAUUUAUCUCUAUGAGACAGAACACGUCUCCUUCCUGAGCGGUAUGACGGCUGCGUGGUCCCAUGGUGUUUAUAGUUGCGUACUAUUGUUUGUACAGAUGAACGUGGUACCUUCAGUCAUUUGGAAAUUGCUCCCAAGGAUGAACCAGACUUGUGGAUGUCUACAAUUCUUUUUCUGAGGUCUUGGCUGAUUUCUUUUGAUUUUCCCAUGACGUCAAGCAAAGAGGCAAUGAGUUUGAAGGUAGGCCUUGAAAUACAUCCACAGGUAGACCUCCAAUUGACUCAAAUGAUGUCAAUUAGCCUAUCAGAAGCUUCUAAAGCCAUGACAUAAUUUCCUGGAAUUUUCCAAGCUUUUUAAAGGCACAGUCAACUUAGUGUAUGUAAACUUCUGACCCACUGGAAUUGUGAUACAGUGAUUUAUAAGUGAAAUAAUCUGUCUGUAAACAAUUCUUGGAACAAUUACUUGUGUCAUGCACAAAGUAGAUGUCCUAACCGACUUGCCAAAACUAUAGUUUGUUAACAAGACAUUUGUGGAGUGGUUGAAAAACAAGUUUUAAUGACUCCAACCUAAGUGUAUGUAAACUUCCGACUUCAACUGUAUGUAAGAAUGCUGUUCAACACCAUAGUGCCUUCCGAGCUCAUCACUAAGCUAAGGACCCUGGGACUGAACACCUCCCUCUGCAACUGGAUCCUGGACUUCAUGAUGGGCCGCCCCCAGGUGGUGAGGCUAGGCAACAACACAUCCGCCACGCUGACCCUCAACACGGGGGCCCCUCAGGGGUGCGUGCUUAGUUCCCUCUUGUACUCGAUUUUCAACCACAACUGCGUGGCCGCACAUGACUCCAACACCAUCAUUAGGUUUGCUGACGACACGAUGGUGGUAGGCCUGAGUACCGACGACGAUGAAACAGCCUAUAGGGAGGAGGUCAGAGACCUGGCAGUGUGGUGCCAGGACAACAACCUCUCCCUCAACGUCAGGAAGACAAAGGAGCUGAUCGUGGACUACAGGAAACAGAGGGCCGAGCACGCCCCCAAUGAAAUCGACGGGUUGUAGUGGAGUGGGCCGAGACAUUCUAGUUCCUUGGUGUCCACAUCACUAAGGAUCUAUCAUGGUCCACACACACCAACAAAGUCGUGAAGAGGGCACGAUAAUGUAUCUUCCCCUUCAGGAGGCUGAAAAGUUUUGGCAUGGGCCCUCAGAUCCUCAAAAAGUUAUACAGCUGCACCGUUGAGAGCCUCUUGACUGGCUACAUCACCGCUUGGUAUGGCAAAAAACAUCACCACUGGGUUUUAAAAUCCUAGGAAAAUCCUAGGAAAUGUUAUUUAAUUGACACAAGCUGUCUCCAAUCAACCAUUCAAUGUCUGGUUGUGCGUGAGUGUUUGGUGGGGGGAUCGCCUAAACCAGGGGAGGCAUAGCAUAUGAAUCUUAAUUGCACAAAUGCUAUUAUUUGGUAGGGAAUACUAUUUGUAGAUCAGUGAUUCUACUCCUCACUUUGCUCAAGCUGAUCCUUUCACACAGACUCAAUCCCUGAUCAUCGGAGGUUGUAAAAAUGGGGCAAUUAGGACAGAUAAAAGGGAGAGACUAUGAAUCCAACCAGAAAACAUAAACAAUUCAAAAUCACUGCGCCAAUACCCCGCUGGAACGCUCUUUGCAGACAACAAUAUAUUCUGCAAAACCUGCAAGUUAUCAUUAGAUUAUAAGACCAUAAAUGGCUAGCCUAUUUUCUUUGGCUAUAGAAAUAACAACCCAACAACUUCUCCAACUCUAUUAAGACCGCACUGUUUCGAGAGAUACGCUUGUCCGCCUCCACAAAGGGUGCAUAACAGCGUAGGUACUUGGAAUUAUAUUCUGACACUGUUGAAUAGUUCACUGCCUGUAAAUACACUGUAUCAGCCAGAACAACUUUAGCGUCGUCACCCAGCUCUCCUACAAAAUAUGAAGAUCAUAUUGGUCUUGUGUGGCUGUGGAUUCGUCCGUUAUUUUGGAGAUGCUUUCAGUUUUUUUUUUACAAGACUGCUCCUCCGUUCAUUACAUAUGUGUUAAUGAAUGCGCACAUUUUAGGAUUGAGCGUUUACAUUUUUAUUUCUAUAGCGAAAAUUCCUAUUAUUCCCAUAUAAUGUUGAUAACAGACAAUUAAUAAGUUAAAUAUUUAUGUUGAUAAUGUCCUUAAGAUAGGCUAAUAAUUUGGUGCAUUAGGCUAAAGCUUAGAGAAUAAUUGUCAGCAAACAUUUCAUUUGAAGUCAAUCCACAUGGUUGUGAAUUUAUUUUGGACUAAUUGGAUUAAUACGGGAGACGUUCAUGGUAUGCACACGUGACAAUUAAUUCACACAUGGUGUGAGAAGGUGCUAUAUCGGCCUCUUGAGGUCAGAUGAUAUAAAUGGGGGGUCAUUUAUUUUUUUCAAAAUAUCAUGGCCCUACUCAUCACAUACUGCCGCUACUGUUUAUUAUCUAUCCUGUUGCCUAGUCACUUUAUUCCUGGGUAUAUGUACAUAUCUCAAAUCAAAUCAAAUCAAAUUGUAUUUGUCACAUGCGCUGAAUACAACAGGUGUAGUUGUACUGUGAAAUGCUUACUUGCGAGCCCUUAACCAACAAUGCAGUUCAAGAAAUAGAGUUAAACAAAUAUUUACUAAAUAAACAAAAGUAAAAAAUUAAAUAAAAAGUAACACAAUAAAAUAACAAUAACAAGGCUAUAUACAGGGGGUACCGGUUGUCAAUGUGUGGGGGUACAGUUUACUCGAGGUAAUUUGUACAUGUAGGUAGGGGUAUAGUGACUAUGCAUAGAUAAUAAACAUCUACCUCAAUUACCUCAUACCCCUGCACAUCGACUCGGUACUGGUACCCCGUGUAUAUACUGUAGCCAAGUUAUCGUUACUCAUUGUGUAUUUAUUAUUACUUUUAUUAUUACGUGUUAUUACUUUUCUAUUUUUUCUCUAUUUUCUUUCUCUCUGCAUUGUAAGCAGUUCAUUGUUAGUCUACACCUGUUGUUUACGAAGCAUGUGACGAAUAACAUUUGAUUUGAUUUGAUGGCAAAACGUGUAGAAUUAAAGGAAAUUAGCUGUGCUCAGGAUCCAAUAGGAUGAGGUCAUACUGAUACUGACUCCCCAAUGGGUGUUUAUCAUCUUUAUCCUGUGGUGAUUUCUGUAUUUUGUUACUUGUCAUGAGGGCAAAUGUUAUCAGACAAGUGACAUGUAGUCUUCUCUUUUUUCUCUCUCCUUCUUUCCUCCUCUCUCAACUGUCUCUUCUCCCUCCUUUGUUGUCUCUCUAUCCUUGUCUCCGCUCUCUCUCUCUCUCUCUCUCUCUCUCUCUCUCUCUCUCUCUCUCUCUCUCUCUCUCUCUCUCUCUCUGUCUCUGUCUCUGUCUCUGUCUCUGUCUCUGUCUCUGUCUCUGUCUCUGUCUCUGUCUAUUGCUCGCUGUAUUCACCCUGUUGUAGACCUGAUCUGGAAGGAGGUGUAUGAGUGGGACGAGUGGACCAAGCAGAAUGGCGUGAUCAGAGGACAGCCUCCUCUUUUAGGUUAGUUAGUUAACACUUUGUAUUUUACUUAUGUGAGCUGGUGUCUGCUGUUAUUGUGUUAUUGUUGACUAAAUCUGUACAUUUCAUUCUGAAAAAAAACAUGGAUUAAAACAUUGUUUAUGGUAAGAGACCUUACGAAUAUUAAUAAAAUGCACCCCACGCCCCAACGUAAAACAUAUUUUCACAUGACCCUCCCCUUGUACAUGCUUUUCCCUUCCCCGUCAUUGAAUUAACUUGAAAUAAUAUAAUAAUAAUUGGGAUUUCUUCUGAUUUCAUAGGCAAGCAAGCUUCACUUGGGAGAAUACUAAAACCAUUUCAACUUACCAUUAUUGGAUCCCUGAUGCUAGCUGGCUAAAGAAAGAAGGGGCUUUUUGGGGGGGCUAGUUAUUAGACCAUAGGCAAUUUACUCGCCUCACUUCUGUUCAAACUUCUCAUGUAAAUCCUGGCUAAAAUGGCAAUUAUUCAAUGACUCGUGUGUCACAUUCAUGUUUUUGGAAAUUGCAUAUCAUGUCCAUGUAGGCUAGCCUGCCACUGUAACUACAAUGCUCUGGCAGUUGCGCUGAAAGGUUUAGGAGGCUACUGUCAGAAUUUUCACGUCCAAUCCAUCCAAUCAGCUCGUGUUGUGGGUGUGAUUUUUUUAACAAAGAUGCUUCAGGGAGUCAGAGAUGCGCUACUGGCUCGCAGACUGGUCUGUGCUGAGUUUAUUGAUUACCCAUCCCGUGUGCAAAGGGGGGAAAUAUAUAUAUUUUUGAAUGCCAUGGCCCGCCGUCCCGGUAGCAAGCCAGGGAAAAAACACACUACUCUCCCCUGUGCCAAAUAAAAAACUUCACAACCCCCCCAGAAAGCAAAAAAAAAUUAGAAAAGUCAAUUUACUGAAGUAAAUGUGGUGUGCUUGCUAGUCUUGAAGUAUUUAUGGUUGGGAAAGAGUAGUAUAAGUGGUAGUGGUAGCAACGGCAGUAAUAAUAAUAUGCCAUUUAGCAGACGCUUUUAUCCAAAGCGACUUACAGUCAUGCGUGCAUACAUUUUUGUGUAUGGGUGGUCCCGGGGAUUGAACCCACUACCUUUGCGUUACAAGCGCCGUGCUCUACCAGCUGAGCUACAGAGGACCACAAAAGUAAUGGCAGUAGUAAUGGUAGUAUUAGUAAUGGUAGUAAUAGGGAUUUCAUAUAGGCUAUGUGUUAGUUAUAUUGACCUAUUUUGGGGUGGUUUGUAGGUGUGACGUUAUUAUAGUGGGUUAUAGUGGGCUAGUAUAGUAGGCUAGAGUCAGUACUAUAUCAUCAUAAGCCAUAUGCGUUUUUAAGCACUCAAAAUGUUUUAGUUAGAACAUUCUGAAAGAUUUGUGGCACUGUUUACAGUUUAGAAUGUUUAAGCCUGCAAUCCGCCAUUGAAAUGAAUGGGGAUACAACAAGCUUUAUAGUUUAUGAAGUAGGAAUGAUAGCAAAAAGCUGUGUUGAAGCCAUCUAAGUUGAGUCUGUCUGCACAUGCCAACGUUGGGGUGGUGUUUGUAGCUGAAAUGGACCAAGAGCAGUGGUGAAUCAAAACGUUCUUUAUGUAGCCCUUUACACUCAUACCCGUAUAUACGGGUUGAAAAUGGCAGAUUUGGACACUGAUAAGCACCUAAAUUGGAACGCAGUGGCUGUACAGUAACGUGCUAUACAUGAUGUCAGAGCUCAAUGUCUGCUUCACAGCUUUGAAUGGGUUUUGACUGACAGACGUUCUGAACUUGAGCACUGCACCCGACAAUAAGUUGCCCCCAUUCCUCCCAGUAAUUGGACAACUUUUGCAAAUGUUCUGUUGUCUGAGUGAGGCAAAUACUGUAAAUUAAGAGGACUCAAUGUAUUUUGAAAGAUGAGACGUUGAGGAUUAUAAUAAAUACCGCUUUCAAGUCAUACAAGCAAGCCAAACACCUGUGAGUCCAAAUGUGCUCUUCACAUUUCCAUAUCAUAAAACUCAUGUCAUAUACAGUGUCAACGUUUAUGAUCACUAUGUUUGAUGUACAGUUACAAGAUGACAUUGUGUCAUACCCUGGGUUGUCCUGAACAGAAUGAGCCUAUGUUUGUUUUAUUGUGAAGAAAAUUUGCCACGGAUCACGCAUCUGAAUGUACUCAUGACGCCAUUCUAUGCACACCAAUAUUGCGAUCUGCUUCUCUGAAUUGCCUUGUGAAAGCCUAACACUGUAAGAUCAUAUUUUAUCAUUUAGCUAGUCAUGUUGGCAAUAGAACAAGCUUUCAAAUGAUGCCGACCUGACCCAGAUUGCGAUUUAUAAUGGACCGUUUUUGGAUUGCGUAAACAACAACAGUAAUUGUGUGAUGGUGGGACGCAGGGCUGUGUUCCAAACAAAGCAACUACAAGUGUGCUUGCUCUAGUUCCUCAACGGCACAGACUCUUCUUUGAGUCAUAAAAGUGCAUUGAAGUUACUUAAGAACUGUGCACACUUUCGAGACACCAGUUAGUCCUCUCACUCCAACCCUUGUCAUUUCUUUGUCUUAUGUUGCACCUACCCCAAAAGUUCUAAAAAUAUGUUUAUCAUGUUACUGAAUGUAUCCAGAGUAUUUUCAGAUUUCGUUAUCAACAAAUGUGGCGAAAGUACAGUAAAUGUAAAAUCCACAUAAAAUCAACAGUGUAAUGUUUGGAUUCAGUCUUGUGUCAGGUGAACUGUUGUGUACACACCUGUGGUCUAAUAAUUUUCCCAUAAUCUCCAAACUGUUCCCUUUUAAUUGUUACCAUGGUUCAUUUCAAUUUAGCCCUAUCCAUAUAGUGCAAUUACCACGAGUGUAAAGGGUUAAGCUUUUAUGCAAAGGUUUAACAGUUAUAGUUCAAAAAGUACAAAAAGCAUCAACAAUCUUUUGACAAGCAAUCGAAGUUGAGUCCGUCUGUACAUUUCAAUGUUGGUCUAGUUCAAAAAGUAUAAAUGGUAUCAAAAAGCUGUAUACAAGCACACUAUUCUAGACUGGUCUGCAUGUUUUAGUUUGAAUGGUAUUUUUAGCUUAAACGGUAGAGACCAGACAUUUUCCCAUUCAAAUCUAUGGCCCCAGAAAUGCAUAGGGAUAUAUGCAAAUAUGGUUGUAGUGUGAAAAGUAUAACUAGUAUAUAAAAAAUUAUAAUCAUGCAACAGUACCAGUACCAGUCUGCACGUUUUACAGUUGUUAUAUAGUUGGUAGCUUUAACAGUUCAAAGCAGUGGCAAAUCCAAAUACUUCCCAUUCAAGCGUAUAGAGAUUUUAUGCACGAUUAAAAUGGUUAUAGUUCAAAAAAGGUUUUAAAAAGCACACUAUUCGGGACCAGUCUGCACGUUUUAAAGUUUGAAUGGUGUUUCUAGCUUAAACAUUGUAAGACUAGUUACGGUGGAAAUUUGUCCCAUUUAAAGUUUAGGGCCAUUCAAAUGCAUUGGGAAUUAUGCAAAUAUUAUCAAAACGUUGUUUUCAAGUAACCUGACUAGUGGCAGUCUGGACAUUUUUAGAGUUGUUUUGGUGUUGGUAGCGUUUAAGGUUUUGGCGCUAGAGGUUCCAGUGGAAUAAUAAUAAGUAUGAACAGUUUCUAAAGUUGCUGUUACUGAAAGAGAGCAUGCACAGCUGACUCAUAGGAGGGAGGUGAAUAAUGUUGUAGGUUGCUCUGGGGGGGGGGGGGGGGGUCGCUGCACCCCUCACAGACUCAGAGAUGUUCUUCCGGCUCCCUAUGGUGUGUGUGAGUUAUGUGUGUAUCUCGCAGGUAUGUGUGUGUGUUUGUCUGUUUGUAUAUGUGUGUGUUUGCGCAUGCUAGUGCCUAGUACAGGUGUAUCAGUCAUCCUGUGUGUUUUUUGCAGCACAGGUGCAGCAGUGAUCGACAGCUCCCCUCAGCACGCCUCGUCCUCCUCCUCGGCCAAUGACGUAUCCUCCAUGUCGACUGACCCCAGUGACCCUAGUGAACCUACCAUGACCUCUGACACGGACAGCAGCCUGGACAGCCACACCUCUCUGGGAGCACUGGCCUGCUGCAGA